GGAUACUGAAGAAGAGAGGUAAGUGUAUAUACUGUGCUGGUCAUUAUAUUGAAGAAUAUUAAUCCACAUCAUUUUAUCAUAUUUUAUUAUGGAUAGUCGCGUCCUCUAUGUUGCCAUGACUCGAGCCAAAUGUUUCUUGUAUAUGACACAUGCCGCAAUGCGCCGUAGAUGGGACGAUUAUGACAAACCAUUAAUCAGUCGGUUUUUAUAUGAUCUUCCUACAUCAUCCUAUCAAAAAUCAACACCAGUAUGGAACGCUACAAUACGCCAAUGGGUCGCGACUGUACUCCGAAAACAUUAUGUGGAAGAAAAAACCCUUCGACUCGAAGAUGGUGGAAAGACCUUUGAAAGCCAGGAUGAUAGUGAAUCAGCUCUCGAUCAACCUUCGACGCAAACUUCUCUAUUAGAUGUCAAAACCCAUGGUAUCAUUCCUUCAUUUGCAUCAGCCAUCAACCUUUUAUCCUCUGAACAUCAAUUACAUCAACAUCAACCACAUCAACGCCAAAAAGAAAAACAAUAUUCAAUAUCGAAAAAUACACCACACUCUUCAUUCUCUUUUUCUCGACCGACUCUUACGAUAUCAACAUCAAUAUCAAUACCUAAACCAUAUAACAGUCCCUCUACCACUCUAUCGAAAUACCAAGAUCAACUAACAAAUGGCAUUGGCCAUAAACAACAACGAAAUAAUACUACAACAUCAUCACAUCACCUUAUCAAAAACGAAUCACCAAAUAUGCAUGAAUCACUUACUACAAAACUUGGACAAAAGAGAAAUAUGAAUUAUUUUGAUGGUAUACAACAAUCAGGCAAGACCAACAAAAUCAACAAGAAACGAACAAUCGAAUCAUCAGAAUUCAAUAUAGAACAAAUCGUUACCAAAGCAAUACAAGGUGUGGCAGUGGGGAAGAAUAGUUUUAGUCUGGAUGAAGUGGUUAUCAAGGCCCAAAAAGAAAACAUUGAAAAUGACCAAGCGGUGACAAUCCAGAAUCAAGUGAUAAAACAAUUGGACAACCUGGUGAAAACUGGUGCCUUAUGGAAAACAAAGAAGAAUGGUAGCAUUAGAUUCCUUGUAGCAGAAUAGUAGAUGUUAUUUGUUGAUACCCCUCCUCCAUAUUUAUAUAUUCCAACUCUUUGUUCUUAGCCUUAACCAUAGAAUAACCUUUUUUUUUUUUCUUCUUUUCUUAAUUUGUAUGUAUCUGAUCAUCAUCAUUUUUGUCAUUCAUCAUUAUCAUCAUUAUCCUUGAAUGUAUCCGGUUUUUUAUUGAAAUGAAUAAACAAAUACUUAAAAAAAUAUAUAUAUA